CAAGUAGUUGAGACAACCGUGGAGCUAGCUCAAAAAGCUGGCGUCUCUGAGAUUGUGGGAAGGAUAGUAAAUGACCUCAAGGACGACUCCGAGCCUUAUCGUAAGAUGGUCAUGGAAACCAUCCAAACCGUCAUUCAAUCGUUAGGUGCAUCUGAUAUCGACGAGAGAUUAGAGGAACGGUUGUUGGAUGGAAUUAUCUACGCCUUCCAGGAACAGACAACCGAAGAUCAAGUCAUGCUGGAUGGAUUUGGCGUUGUCGUGAAUGCAUUGGGCGUUCGUGUUAAACCAUAUCUGAUGCAAAUUGUGUCUGUGGUUCUAUUCCGUCUCGGUAACAAGAGUGCCAAAGUUCGACAGCAAGCUGCCGAUUUAACAACUAGGUUGGCGGUUGUCAUCAAACAAUGUGGAGAGAUUGGCCUGCUUAACAAGCUCGGAGAAGAGUAUCCAGAUACUUUGGGCAGUAUCAUUGCCGCGGAAGGUGCAAUUGCCAAUGUAGUGGUACCACGCAUGACGCCCAUCUUACGUAAUCGACAUGAGAAGGUGCAAGAAUCCUCCAUCAACUUGAUCGGUCGUAUUGCGGACCGAGGUGCCGAACAUGUCCCAGCGAGAGAAUGGAUGCGUAUCUGCUUUGAGCUGCUUGAUCUAUUAAAGGCUCACAAAAAAGCAAUCCGCCGAGCAGCUGUCAAUACAUUCGGCUAUAUUGCAAAGACACUUGGUCCUCAAGACGUACUUUCUGUCUUGCUUACGAAUCUGCGUGUUCAAGAGCGUCAGAGUCGUGUGUGCAGUUCUGUGGCCAUCGCUAUCGUGGCUGAAACUUGCGGACCUUUCACCUGUAUACCUGCAAUUUUGACCGAGUAUCGUACAGCUGAACUCAACGUCCGCACCGGUUGCCUAAAAGCAUUAACAUUCGUCUUUGAAUAUGUUGGACCCCAAUCAGCGUAUUAUGCCGAUUCUGUGGUAACGAUGCUGGAGGAUGCUCUAACAGACCGAGACCACGUCCACCGACAAACUGCAAGUGUCAUUGUUAAACAUCUCGCGUUAGGAGUUGCAGGACUCGGGUGUGAAGACUCUAUGCUCCAUUUAUUGAACUUGGUGUGGCCCAACUGCUUCGAAACUUCUCCGCACGUUAUUGGAGCUGUAAUGGAGGCGAUUGAAGCAAUGAGGGUGUUUUCUGACAACUUUGUUCAGGUUUACUGGAGAAUAUAUAACUCCCUCUACCUCGGCGCGUCGGAUGCACUAGUUCCAUUCUUCCCGGAUCUUGGAGAGCUCAAUGAUUUUGAUGGAAAGAAGAUAGCUUUCGGUCUAGACACUACUGUGACCUUGUAA